AUGUCAUACACUACCGAUUGCAAUCAAUCCUUCUUCAAGUCGAAGAAUGAGUACAAAGAGUUCUACGUCAUUCAGCAAGGCGUUCUUCUUGCCUUCAUCAACUCGUACUGUGGCUUUUCAAUUAAGAAGCAGAAGAAGCGAGCCAAAGUGACUUCGGCGUACCCGAAGAUCUCAAAAUUGGUCUUUCCGAAUGAGACAAUUGACGUCCAACAACUCGCAGACUCGAUAUGUCGCCCAGUCUAUGAAGAAGAGUGCAAACACGUCUCAAAGAAACAAACGGCGAUGCGACGCUUCGAGAAGAACAAAAAGGUCUUUGUCCAACAUCUCCUCAUCGACAUCUUAAGCGAAAAGGGGUUCUUCUUCGAGUCACAUCUUGCACGUAAUUCUACAAAGACUUAUCGAAUGGAACGAAUCGAAAGAAUUUACUUCGACGGAAGACUUGUCAUGCAGUUCGAAGACUUUGUGAAGAGAGGAAGUGCUAUUAAUAACUACCUCAAUUCCCUCUUUUUGGGUACUUCAGUAUUCGUCCCUAUUUGCUCAGACAAACUCGCAGAUCUCAUACUUUCUAAUGAAAACUCUGUCAAUAACUAA